GACCACAAUGGUAGACCGCGAGCAACUGGUGCAGAAAGCCCGGCUGGCCGAGCAGGCGGAGCGGUAUGAUGAUAUGGCAGCUGCCAUGAAGUCGGUCACAGAGCUGAACGAAGCAUUAUCCAAUGAGGAGAGGAACCUGCUCUCUGUGGCCUAUAAGAACGUGGUCGGUGCGAGGCGCUCAUCCUGGCGCGUCAUCUCUAGUAUUGAGCAGAAGACGUCGGCUGAUGGCAAUGAGAAGAAGAUUGAGAUGGUGAGGGCCUACCGGGAAAAGAUUGAGAAGGAGCUGGAGACCGUCUGCCAGGAUGUGCUCAACCUCCUUGACAACUUCCUGAUCAAGAAUUGCAAUGAAGAGCAGCAGGAGAGCAAGGUGUUCUACUUGAAGAUGAAGGGCGACUACUACCGCUACCUGGCUGAGGUGGCCACGGGGGAGAAGAGAGCCGCGGUGGUUGAGUCCUCUGAGAAGUCCUACAACGAGGCCCAUGACAUCAGCAAGGAGCACAUGCAGCCCACCCAUCCAAUCCGCCUGGGCCUGGCUCUCAACUACUCCGUCUUCUACUACGAGAUCCAGAACGCCCCUGAGCAGGCGUGCCACCUGGCCAAGACCGCCUUCGAUGACGCCAUCGCCGAGCUGGACACCCUCAACGAGGACUCCUACAAAGACUCCACUCUCAUCAUGCAGCUGCUACGAGACAACUUGACGCUGUGGACAAGUGACCAGCAGGAUGACGAGGGCGGCGAGGGCAACAAUUAAAGAGUCCAAAACCUCAUUCUGCCAAAACAAC